AUGACGAUACCAUCGCUGUCCCACGUCCCCGAGGGACUCGUGGGAGGGUACCAAGGCAACAGCCUGCCCAUUCGAAUCUUGAUGGUUGUCUUCACCUCGAUUGCAUUGUACAACGCCACUGAGCUUGUCAUCCUCAUCUUCCUCACUUUCAACCGUUACAGCGGGCUCUACUUCUGGACCAUGCUUCUUUCCGAUGUCUUUGGGGUCAUCCCCCAUGCCAUUGGCUACCUCCUCGAGUUCUUUUCUAUCGGUCCCAUUUGGCUGGCCAUCACGCUGUCCACCAUCGGCUUCUACCUCAUGGUUCCCGGCCAAUCCAUCGUCCUCUACUCACGUCUUCACCUCGUCGUGCAAAACCCCUAUCUCCUGCGACGCGUACUCUUCCUGAUCAUCUUCGACGCCGUCAUCCUACUCGUCCCUACCACGAUUCUCACCUACUCCACCGUAUACGUCGGAACCGAACCCAUCAUUCGCGCAUACAAUGUCAUGGAGCGUAUGCAGUUGGCCUGGUUUUGCGCGCAAGAGUUUGUGAUCUCGGGAAUCUACAUCUGGGAGACAAUCCGGUUGCUUCGUCUCCGCCCAGACAAGGACCGGGGCCGGCACAAAAUCAUGUACGAGUUGAUUGCCAUCAACUUUGUCAUUAUUCUCAUGGACAUUGCACUCUUGGUCCUCGAAUACCUGGGCUUCUACACUUUGCAAACCACCCUCAAAGGGGCUGUUUACAGCGUCAAGCUCAAGCUCGAAUUUGGUGUGCUAGGCAAGUUGGUCGCAUUGGUUCACACUCACACCUCUGAGCCCAACUCCACCGAAAACGAGGAGUUUCCUAAUUUCGUCAACCCGGCCCAACUCACGACCGAUGUCACUCACGCCGCCCCGACUGACUCCCGAUGGGCGCAUCCCCGACGGGCAUGGGGUGCUAUCUCCAUGGACAGCCUUGCUCCGUCAGAACGGCAAGAUCCUCCUUCUUAUUCCCUCGACAGCUCUCGGCCUCCAUGA